AGGUUAAAGCAUUCAAUUAAUCGCUUCUGGGCCGGGAGAAGAUCAACGACAGGGUGUGCGAACACCAUCACCACCUUAAAAACCUCGGUCUUUUAUAUUCGACAGCUUAAUUAGUCCCCCGGUCGGCGAAGCUGCUGUCCGAAACGGGGCUUUAAACCCCCCAAAAAAAUCGUUUUCCAUUGGUUCUCAGGCCGAAGCGGCUGCCAUGGAUUUUUAAGGCGUAAUGCGGCUCCUCUAAUGCAACGGCAAUGCAUAGUGCAAGACAAAACCGACUGCGAACUUCCAUCUUCGCCACUGCUAAGCAGUUGGGCUCCAGUACCGUCCGCGGUAUCCCUGCGAGCCAACCGGUCCCGCUGCUCCUGGACCGGCGGAAGCUAACGCUAGCUAAGCUAGUCGCCCGAGCUAACGAAAUAGCGAUUUUUAUCUUUUGAACACGAGAUUCACCCGAUUUAUCUGAACGUCGUCAACGCUUAUUGAUCAGAAGAAGAAGAAAACAAAUAAACGAACAACCAAAAUGAAGCCUCAAGACAUCGUCGCCGGGAAGGCCAGCAGCCUGUGGAUCUUCGGCUACGGGUCUCUGGUGUGGAAGCCGGACUUCGAGUACCGGAGGAGCCACGUCGGCUCCAUCCGAGGCUACAAGAGACGCUUCUGGCACGGAGACAACUUCCACCGCGGGGACGACGAGUUGCCCGGAAGAGUGGUGACGCUGAUUGAAGAUGAUGACGCGCGCACUUGGGGCGUGGCGUUCGAGGUGACCGGCGCCGAAGUCGAGGAGUCCCUGAAGUACCUCAACGUGCGCGAGACGGUCCGCGGCGGCUACGUCACCAAGACGGUGGAGUUCUUCCCCGACGGCGAGAAGCAGCCCUCGGUUCCGGCGCUGGUGUACAUCGCCACCGAAGACAACGCCCUCUACCUGGGGCCCGCCAGCCCCGAGACCAUCGGCGUCCAGAUCGCCGUGUGCUGCGGGAAGACGGGCCACAACCUGGAGUAUCUGCUCCGGCUGGCCGAGUUCAUGAGGAGCAGCUGCCCCCACGUGGAAGACCACCACCUGUUCGCCAUCGAGGCCGCGGCGCUGAACGUGGUGUCCUACCUGUUGGCGGCCUAGUAGCUCGUAACCUUUGUUAUCGCACUAUUUUUAUAGUGGAUAAACGCAAUACACACACACUAAGGCGUUCCUCACGGCAUGCCCCUCCACCUGUUUAAUGUUGUGACAUCUAGCGUCGCACCACCAGUCACUGUAUUUGAAUCCAUCAAACUACUAACGUGUCAAUAAAAGGGGAGUCUCGAUA